AGGCCAACCACCAAGCUCCGAGUCCUCCUCAGAUUCCAACGUUGAUGUUCAGCUGUUGGCUGCACAAACUGCGGCAAUAGACCGUGCGUGUGUCCAGCGCAUCACAGCGGAGCGGAGACCACAAGCAGGUUACAGGGCGAUUCACGAAAAAAUUCCAGGUCUGCCCCCCAGUUCUGAAUCCUCUUCGGAUUCCAAUGUAGAUGUGCAGUUGGUGGCUGCACAAACAGCAACAAUAGACCGCGCCUGUGUCCAGCGCAUCACAGCGGAGCGGAGACCACAAGCAGCGGCAUUCUACGCCUCAUUGGCUGGCCCCUCGGGAGCUGGCUCUUCUGGAACUGGCCCUUCAGGGGGCCCGGUACACAUGAGGGAUAUUUCGUCGCAGAGAAGCUCCGUCACUCCCGCUCAUGGCGGUGGACAAAGGUCAUCCCUCUUGCGGACGCCGCAGAGGUUGUCUUUGCCUCUUGCAGACAGGGGGAAUCUUUGUGAUGCCUGCAGAGUGGACCUUUCCGUCAUACGGGAGCUUGAUGAGAGUCUUUCUCCUGGACGACAUGCAUCUCUCGAUGACCUGCGCGAGAGGCUAAACACCUCUCGUCGUAACGAGGCAGCUGCCCUUGAACGAGCUGAAAGGGCAGAGCGGGAAGUUGAGUAUUUGAGAAACCAGCUGGCUCUGGGUGUGGGAGGAGUCGGGGUUGACGAUGGUGCGGUAAGUGAUGGACCUGGUGGGAGAAGUGGUCAAGAUGAAGUGAGGCAGGUGAGCGAGCCAGAUUCAGUUCGUGGCUCAAAUCCCAGCCCUUCGUCUUCUCCAUCUUCACCUGCCGGCAGUUCAUCUUCUGCACCUGUCCCUCGAACUCCAACACCACCUCCCCGCAGACGUCCUAGGAAUCCUAGGAGUACCCAGCUUGCCAUGCUGUUAUCCGAUUUCUCGUACUCGGCACCGCCGUCUCAAGGUCAGUUGGACGAUGCACGUCCGGUGUCUGCCAGACUGCGACGUCCAAAUCCCUCUGUGGUUUACCGUGAGCCAAGGCUGCGCCCUCUCCGCCGCCGGAACAGGUGAGUCUUUUUUUUCCAUUUUAAAAUCUCCAAAUAGUAAAAUUAAACUUUUUUUAAUGAGGGUGCUGAACCAUAAAGUACUUACAUUUUAAUUACUU